UGCGGCGGUUGACUCCGAGAAGCUGAAGUAGAAAAGGGGCCGUUGGGCUCUAGGCCGUCGGGAGCGUUGUGAACCUCCUUUGCGGUUUCUCAGGACUGACCCCCCGCCCCCCUCCCCGCUUGGCGGGCCUUCGGCGCUGACCGCCGCUCCGCCUGUGGCAGGAGGGGCUACUUCGUGAAGAGGUAAAGCCUGCGCGUCCCGGCCCCUGGCAACGGGGCAGCGAGCCAUACGGGCGGAAGAGCAACGGCUGUGGGACUCUUGGCAGUGUUGGGCCGGGCCUGGGGCCCUCGCGUCCUCUGCGGGCUCCGGGGUCGCCUUCACUGCCUGCUCUCCGUCCCACGGGCAGACUGUCCGCCCCCUCCCCCGGGAGCAAUCGACGCCAUCUCCCGGAAAAUUAAUUGUUAAAAACCAGUAUGGCCACAGGAGGUGGACCUUUUGAAGAAAGCAUGAAUGAUCAGGAUUUACCAAACUGGAGCAAUGAGAGUAUUGAUGACCGACUCAACAAUAUGGAUUGGGGUAGCCAACAGAAAAAGGCAAAUAGAUCAUCGGAAAAGAAUAAGAAAAAGUUUGGUGUAGAAAGUGAUAAAAGAGUAACUAAUGAUAUUUCUCCGGAGUCAUCACCAGGAGUUGGAAGGCGAAGAACAAAGACUCCACAUACAUUUCCCCACAGUAGAUACAUGACUCAGAUGUCUGUCCCAGAGCAGGCAGAGUUAGAGAAACUUAAACAGCGCAUCAACUUCAGUGAUUUAGAUCAGAGAAGCAUUGGAAGUGAUUCUCAAGGAAGAGCAACAGCUGCUAACAACAAACGUCAGCCUAGUGAAAACCGAAAGCCCUUCAACUUUUUGCCUAUGCAGAUUAAUACUAACAAGAGCAAAGAUGCUGUUAUGAGUCUUCAAAAGAGAGAAAAGCUUGGAUCAGCACAAUGUAAAGAGUUGUUUGCUUCUGCAUUAAGUAAUGACCUUUUGCAAAGCUACCAGAUCUCUGAAGAAGAUGGAAGAGGAGAGCCUGCAAUGGAGAGCAGCCAGAUUGUAAGCAGGCUUGUUCAAAUUCGUGACUAUAUUACCAAAGCCAGUUCCAUGCGAGAAGAUCUUGUAGAGAAAAAUGAAAGAUCUGCUAAUGUUGAGCGUCUUACUCAUCUAAUAGAUCACCUUAAAGAACAAGAAAAAUCAUACAUGAGAUUUCUCCAAAAAAUCCUUGCUAGAGAAAAUGAGGAGGAGGAUGUUCGGACUAUAGAUUCAGCUGUGGGAUCUGGUUCUGUAGCUGAGAGCACAUCGCUAAACAUAGAUGUGCGGUCUGAGGCUUCAGAUACCACGGCCAGAGAUCCUGAACAGGAGCCUGUGGAAGAGAUAGAGAAUUUGAAGAAGCAGCAUGAUUUGUUAAAAAGGAUGUUACAACAGCAGGAGCAACUGAGAGCUUUGCAGGGACGACAAGCUGCUCUUCUGGCUCUACAGCAUAAAGCAGAGCAAGCUGUUGCUGUAAUGGAUGAUUCUGUUGCUGCAGAAACCACAGGUAGUUUAUCGGGAGCCAGUAUCACAUCUGAACUAAAUGAAGAAUUGAAUGAUUUAAUUCAGCGUUUUCAUAAUCAACUUCGUGAUUCUCAGCCUCCAGCAGUCCCUGACAACAGAAGACAGGCAGAAAGUCUUUCAUUAACUAGGGAGGUUUCCCAGAGCAUGAAUCCAUCAGUUUCAGAACAUUUACCUGAUGAGAAAGUCAAACUUUUUAGCAAAAUGAGAGUGCUACAGGAAAAGAAACAAAAAAUGGAUAAAUUACUUGGAGAACUUCACACACUUCGAGAUCAACAUCUGAAUAAUUCAUCAUUUGUUCCUUCAUCAUCCUCUCCACAGAAGAGUACAGAUCAGAGAAGUACAAGUUCAGCCCCCUCUGCUUCUGUAGUCUUGGCGCCAAUUGUCAAUGGAGAGUCCAAUAAUAGCCUUACAUCAUCUGUUCCUUAUGCUGCUACUUCUCUGGUUUCUCAGAAUGAGAAUGAACGUGAAGGCCAUCUAAAUCCAACUGAAAAACUCCAGAAGCUAAAUGAAGUUCGAAAAAGACUGAAUGAAUUAAGAGAAUUAGUUCAUUAUUAUGAACAAACAUCAGAUAUGAUGGCAGAUGCUGUAAAUGAAAACACAAAAGAGGAGGAAACUGAAGAAUCAGAGUAUGAUUCUGAGCAUGAAAAUUCUGAACCUGUUACUAACAUUCGAAAUCCGCAAGUAUCUGCCACAUGGAAUGAAGUAAAUAGUAAUAGUAAUCCGCAGUGUGUUUCUAACAAUAGAGAUGGGCGGUCAGCUAAUGCUAAUUGUGAAAUAAACAACAGAUCUGCCACCAACAUUAGGGCUGUAAACAUGCCUCCUUCUUUAGAUUGUCGAUAUAAUAGAGAAGGAGAUCAAGAGAUCCAUGUAGCACAAGCAGAAGAUGAUGAGGAAGAGGAAGAAGAAGCAGAAGAGGAGGCAGUCAGUGGCGCUUCAUUGUCCAGUCAUAGGAGCAGUGUGGUUGAUGAGGCUCCAGAAGAUGCAGAAUUUGAACAGAAGAUCUAUAGACUUAUGGCUGCAAAACAGAAACUUCGACAGCUACAAGACCUUGUUGCUAUGGUACAGGAUGAUGAUGCAGCUGAAGGAAGUACCUCUGUCAAUACAGCAAAUUUGGGUGAUGUCUACCCAGCAGGAGAGGAUGUCAAACAAAACUCAAAUAAUGCUAGAGGAAAUACCAAUAAAACACAGAAAGAUAUUAGAGUAAAUGAAAAGGCAAGAGAGAAAUUUUAUGAAGCUAAAUUGCAGCAGCAACAGAGAGAACUAAAACAAUUACAAGAAGAAAGAAAGAAACUAAUUGAGAUCCAAGAGAAAAUUCAAGCAUUGCAAAAGGCAUGUCCUGACCUGCAGCUAUCAGCUGCUAGUGUGAGUAAUUGUCCUACAAAAAAAUACAUACCAGCUAUUACUUCUACCCCAACUGUUAACGAAAAUGAGACUGGUGUAAGCAAAUCUGUUUUUGAGCCUGAUGAUUCUUCAGUAGUGGAUAAUGAGUUGUGGUCAGACAUGAGAAGACAUGAAAUGUUGAGGGAAGAGCUGCGACAGAGAAGAAAGCAGCUUGAGGCUCUAAUGGCUGAACAUCAAAGGAGGCAAGGUCUAGCUGAAACUACAUCUCCAGUGGCUGUGUCAUUAAGAAGUGAUGGAUCUGAGAAUGUGUGUACUCCUCAACAAAGUAGAACAGAAAAAACAAUGGCAACUUGGGGAGGUUCUACUCAGUGUGCACUAGAUGAAGAAGGAGAUGAAGAUGGUUACCUUUCUGAAGGAAUUGUUCGGACAGAUGAAGAAGAAGAAGAACAGUAUGCCAGUUCCAAUGACAACUUCUCUAUGUAUCCAAAUAGUGUGAAUCAUAACUCCAGUAGUGUAAAGGAAACCAAAAAUAGGUGGAAGAACAGUCGCCCUUUUUCAGCUGAUGGAAAUUAUCGUCCACUAGCCAAGACAAGACAACAGAAUAUUAGUAUGCAGCGGCAAGAAAAUCUUCGAUGGGUGUCCGAGCUCUCUUAUGUAGAAGAAAAAGAACAGUGGCAAGAACAAAUUAAUCAGCUAAAGAAACAACUUGAUUUUAGUGUUAACAUUUGUCAGACUUUGAUGCAAGACCAACAGACUCUGUCUUGCUUGCUACAAACUCUCCUUACGGGUCCUUAUAGUGUUAUGCCGAGCAAUGUUGCAUCUCCACAAGUACACCUCAUUAUGCACCAGUUGAACCAGUGCUAUACACAGCUAACGUGGCAACAGAAUAAUGUUCAGAGGUUGAAACAAAUGCUGAAUGAACUUAUGCACCAGCAAAAUCAGCACACAGAAAAACCUGAGAGGAAGGAAAGAAGCAGUAACACAUCACACUCUCCUUCUCCCGGUUUAUUUUGUCCUUUCAGCUUUCCAACACAGCCUGUAAAUUUGUUUAAUCUACCAGGGUUUACUAACUUUUCAUCGUUUGCACCAGGUAUGAAUUUCAGCCCUUUAUUUCCUUCUAAUUUCGGAGAUUUUUCUCAGCAUAUUUCUACACCCACUGAACAGCAGCAGCCAUUGGCCCAGAAUCCUUCAGGGAAAACAGAAUAUAUGGCUUUUCCAAAACCAUUUGAAAGCAGUUCUUCUCUUGGAGCAGAAAAGCAAAGGAAUCAGAAACAACCUGACGAGCAAGUAGAAAACAGUAGGACACCAUGGUUAUAUGACCAAGAAGGAGAAAUAGAAAAACCAUCUGUCAAGACUGGAUUUGCAGUGUCAGUAGAAAAAGCUGCAAAUAGUAAUCGCAAAAAUCAAUUAGAUACAGGUAGGAGAAGACGCCAGUUUGAUGAAGAAUCAUUAGAAAGCUUUAGCAGUAUCCCUGAUCCAGUGGAUCCAACAACAGUAACCAAAACAUUCAGGACAAGAAAAGCAUCUGCACAAGCGAGCCUGGCAUCUAAAGACAAAACUCCCAAAUCAAAAAAUAAGAAGAGAAGUUCUGUUCAGCUGAAAAGCAGAGUUAAAAAUGGUGGGUAUGAAAGUGCCAGUAUGUCUAGCACAUGUGAACCUUGCAAAAGUAGGAACAGACAUUCAGCCCAGACUGAAGAGCCUGUUCAAGCAAAAGUAUUCAGCAGAAAGAAUCAUGAGCAGCUGGAAAAAAUAAUAAAAUAUAGUAGGUCUACAGAAAUAUCUUCAGCACAUGCUAGGAGAAUACUAUACCAGUCUAACAGAAAUGCAGGCAAUGAAGUGCCAGAAACUGGGAGUGAUUUUUCUAUGUUUGAAGCUCUGCGGGAUACUAUCUAUUCUGAAGUAGCUACAUUAAUUUCUCAGAAUGAAUCUCGCCCACAUUUCCUUAUUGAACUCUUCCAUGAGCUUCAGCUACUUAAUACGGACUAUUUGAGACAGAGAGCUUUAUAUGCAUUGCAGGACAUAGUAUCCAGACAUAUUUCUGAAAGCCAUGAAAAAGAAGGGGAAAAUAUAAAGUCAGUAAACUCUGGUACUUGGAUAGCAUCAAACUCAGAACUUACUCCAAGUGAAAGCCUUGCUACUACUGAUGAUGAAACUUUUGAGAAGAAUUUUGAAAGAGAAACACAUAAAAUAAGUGAGCAAAAUGAUGCUGAUAAUGCUAGUGUCCUAUCUGUAUCUUCAAAUUUUGAACCUUUUGCAACAGAUGAUUUAGGUAAUACUGUAAUUCACUUAGAUCAAGCAUUAGCAAGAAUGAGAGAAUAUGAGCGUAUGAAGACUGAGGCUGAAAGCAGUUCAAAUGUGAAAUGCACCUGCAGGGUUGUUGAGGAUGAAGAUGCUGCUGCUGCUGCUGCUGCUGUAGUUAAUAAUUUAGAAGAAACUCCAGUUAUUGAAAAUCAUGGUUCACAACAACCUAUAAAUGAAGUUUCUACUGUCCCAUGUCCUCGAAUUGAUACUCAGCAGCUGGACCGGCAAAUUAAAGCAAUUAUGAAAGAAGUUAUUCCUUUCUUAAAGGAGCACAUGGAUGAAGUGUGUUCUUCUCAACUUCUUACUUCAGUAAGACGCAUGGUUUUGACCCUUACUCAGCAAAAUGAUGAGAGCAAGGAGUUUGUAAAGUUCUUUCAUAAACAACUUGGAAGUAUACUACAGGAUUCGUUGGCAAAAUUUGCAGGUAGAAAACUGAAAGACUGUGGAGAAGAUCUUCUUGUAGAGAUAUCUGAAGUACUGUUCAAUGAAUUGGCUUUCUUUAAACUCAUGCAAGAUUUGGAUAAUAAUAGUGUAACUGUUAAACAGAGAUGCAAAAGGAAAAUAGAAGCAGCUGGAGUGAUGCAGUCUUAUGCCAAAGAGGCCAAAAGGAUUCUUGAAGAUCACAGCUCACCUGCUGGAGAGAUUGAUGAUGAAGACAAAGACAAGGAUGAAACUGAAACAGUUAAGCAGACUCAAACAUCUGAGAUAUAUGGUGUUGAAGGUUCCAAAAAUGUGAGAUCUGAUGUUUCUGAUCAAGAGGAAGAUGAAGAAAGUGACGGAUGCCCAGUGUCAAUUAACUUGUCUAAAGCGGAAACUCAGGCUUUAACUAAUUAUGGAAGUGGAGAAGAUGAGAAUGAAGAUGAAGAAAUAGAAGAAUUUGAAGAGAGCCCUGUAGAUGUCCAGACUUCACUUCAGGCUAACACUGAAACUACAGAAGAAAAUGAACAGGAUGAUCAGGUUCUACAACAUGAGCUUGAAAAAACAGAAAACACAAAGACCCCAUCAGAACAAGAACCCACUAAUAAAGAUGACCAAGAUAGCUCUCCGAUGAAGCCCUGUUAUCUCAAUAUUUUGGAAAAUGAGGAAUCUUUAAAUAAUGCUGCCCACAAGGACUCACUUACUACUAUUGAUUCAUCUCAACAGCCUAACCCUUUGCCGUUACCUUUAACUGAAAUUGAAACCUUAGUGCCUAGAGUCAAAGAAGUUAAAUCUGCUCAGGAAACUCCUGAAAGCUCACUGGCUGGAAGUCCCGAUACUGAAUCUCCAGUGCUAGUGAAUGAUUAUGAAGCAGAAUCUGGUAACAUAAGUCAGAAGUCUGAUGAAGAAGACUUUGUGAAAGUUGAAGAUUUACCACUUAAACUGACAAUAUAUUCAGAGGCAGAUCUUAGGAGGAAAAUGGUAGAAGAACAGAAAAACCAUUUAUCUGGUGAAAUAUGUGAAAUGCAGACUGAAGAAUUAGCUGGAAAUUCUCAGACUUUAAAAGCACCUGAAACAGUGGGAGCCCAGAGUGUAUGAGAUAUCUUCGGAGCUUCUUCUGAUUCUCUCUUUACAUAGUCAGUGCAUACAGGAAAAUGAUUCUAAAUAAACACCUGUUUUGAUCUGUAUAAAAAUGUAAAUUAGUUUGACACUGCAUUUUUGAUAGAUGUGCUAAUUUCUGCCCAUGGCAGUUUAUACGUUAGAAACUGAAUUCUGGACAGAUUUGAGCCUGGAUACACUGUGGGGUUCUUGGUUUUUUUUUUCCUUUUAUUUUUUUCUUUUGUGUUUAGAUUUUUUUUUUUCUCAUUGUGAUGUUUGGUAAUGUUAAACUUAAAAUACAGUCUUAAAUAAAGUUUGAACUUAACUGUA